GUCUCUUUCCUGCCAACCAAUGAGGACGCGUUCGAGUAACACAGACCCUGCGACCGAGUGACUUCUCUAGCACAGGUGUCUUAUGCUACCAACCUAUCGCGAGGCUGGGAAGGUACGGCAAACCUAAUGCUGUCUAAGAUUAAACCAAGUACUGUAUGACUUUGGAAUAAUGACAGCAGAAGAUUCGAAUGCUAGGAUGAGCAACGAUUCACCCAACUUGUCCUCGUCCAAGAUGCCAGAGGGAGUUUCUGGAGCGCCCAACGAGCCUGCACUUCUUGCGCUUAUGGAACGUACUGGUUAUACCAUGGUCCAAGAAAAUGGCCAAAGAAAAUAUGGUGGUCCACCACCAGGAUGGGAAGGACUUCAUCCUCCCCGCGGCUGUGAGGUAUUUGUAGGCAAAAUACCUCGUGAUGUCUAUGAAGAUGAGCUGGUCCCCGUGUUUGAAAAUGCUGGCAGAAUCUAUGAAAUGCGACUAAUGAUGGACUUUGAUGGAAAGAACCGUGGUUAUGCAUUUGUUAUGUACACGCUCAAGAGUGAAGCCAAGAGGGCCGUUAGAGAACUCAACAACUAUGAGAUUAGACCUGGGAGACUUCUGGGGGUUUGCUGCAGUGUUGAUAACUGUAGGCUCUUUAUUGGUGGGAUUCCAAAGAUGAAGAAAAGAGAAGAGAUUCUGGAAGAAAUCUCUAAAGUGACAGAAGGAGUGUUAGAUGUCAUUGUCUACGCCAGUGCCGCUGAUAAGAUGAAAAAUCGAGGCUUUGCCUUUGUCGAGUAUGAAAGCCACAGAGCAGCUGCAAUGGCUAGAAGAAAACUGAUGCCAGGAAGAAUCCAGCUGUGGGGCCACCAAAUCGCAGUUGACUGGGCAGAGCCAGAGAUUGAUGUUGAUGAAGAUGUGAUGGAGACCGUAAAAAUUCUAUAUGUCAGAAACCUAAUGAUCGAAACUUCAGAGGAUACAAUUAAAACGAUCUUUGGACAGUUCAAUCCAGGGUGUGUUGAGCGGGUUAAAAAAAUCCGUGAUUAUGCAUUUGUGCAUUUCACCACCCGGGAAGAUGCUGUUCAGGCCAUGAGGAAUCUCAAUGGGAUUGAGGUGGAAGGAUCUUCUAUUGAAGUCACUUUGGCCAAGCCAGUAGAUAAGGAACAGUAUACGCGUUACCAGAAAGCUGCUAAAGGAGGUGCUCCUGCCACUGCCACUGCCACAGAAGUCACUCAACCAAACUAUGUUUACUCUUGUGAUCCUUAUACAUUAGCCUAUUAUGGAUAUCCCUACAAUGCCCUGAUCGGUCCUAAUAGGGAUUACUUUGUCAAAGCAAUGACACAAAUUCAAACUGUGACUAAGCCUUUAUUACCCACCAACAUGCCCUCUGACGACAGUAGAUCAAAUGGCACAAAACCUGAUAGAUCAGGCAGCAUAAGAGGCAGAGGGCGAGGUGCAGCUGGAAACAGAGCCCCGGGUCCCAGGGGUACCUACCUGGGGGGAUAUUCGGCAGGCCGUGGCAUAUAUAGCAGAUAUCAUGAAGGGAAGGGUAAACAGCAAGAAAAAGGCUUUGAACUUGUACCCAACCUGGAAUUAUCAGCAGUCAACUCAGUUGCUCUUAAACACGGUACAGUGGCAAUCCCUACCAUUGGAACCCAGUACUCCAUGUUCCAGGCUGCAUCAGCUGCAAAGCUCAUCGAAGAGGGAAAAAUCCACGGGAUGGAGCACAUGAUUAACCCUCUAGCCGUCCAAGCCGAUCCAGUGAGCGCUGCUGCAGCAGCUGCAGCGGCCGUCAUGCCGUCUGUUUCCACCCCCCCACCAUUUCAGGGACGGCCAAUAACUCCUGUGUACACCAUGGCCCCGAACAUGCAAAGGAUUCCCACCACCGGGAUUUACGGCGCGAGCUACGUUCCCAUCGCAGCGCCUGCCACCGCUACCUUAGCUACACUACAGAAGAAUGCAGCGGCCGCCAUGUACGGAGGAUAUGCUGGAUAUAUACCUCAGGCCUUCCCUGCAGCCAUCCAGGUCCCGCUGCACGACAUCUAUCAAACAUACUAACUGUGGAGAGAAAAAAACAUGACAACGAAGGAACUCAAAUAUUUAUGAAGAAAAAAAAACCUAGAAAAUAUUCUUAAAAGAAUAUUUUACACAUGUGAAGAUUUUUUUUUAUCUUUCAUAUUUUUUCCAUAAACCUUUAAGGUGGUUUUUAAGGUUGAUACAUAUAUAUAUAUAUCUAUGUUCAUACAUUUCCAAUUUUUAUUUUUUUUCUUUGGCUCUUUGACCAUAUAGAGUUAGAUUAUGUGGUUUGGUUGUUUAGUAGUUUUUUUCCCACUAUAUUAGCAACAUUACUGGUAUGAAGGUGUGUUUUUUUAAUUUUAUAUAGCGUGUCCUGCACUCUAGAGAUUUAUAUACUGCAGCACAUAUUAGUGAAAAGUGCACAAACAGGCUUAGAACCGGUGUAAAGUACAGAGUAUAUGUCAUAUUUAAGAAAAAAGGUAGUAUGCUAAGUUUUUUUUUUUUGAAGGUACCUUAUUUAUAAAGUUAUACUGGAACUUCCUGGGGAUAACUAAAAACAAAUCUGCUGGGUUUCAAAAAAAGAACACUUUAUCCCUCAGCAAUGUGUACAGAUAAAGUCUAAAAUAUAUAUAUACAUAUCUAUAUAUGUAUGAAGCCUUACUACCAGUGCCAAGAGGUGAGCAAUAUUUUGAAAGGGCUUUUGCGUCGUCCUAUAUCACACAGCUCCAGUAUAGGUUAAGACCAGUGGGGUUGAUAUAGA